UUUGUUUCCAACAGAGCAUUACAAUAUUAUGUUUAUAUUGUGUUGGUCAACUGGUUGUGUUCUGAAAGAGUUAAAAUAUUGGAAAAGAAAGUUUGGGGGGCGUGGCCGGAUGUGGAGCGGAGCGGUUUCAAGCCGUGCUGGCUCCGGAGCUUGCGGUGAAAGAAGCGGCUCACAGCAGGGUAAAGUGACCCGAUUCCAGCAGGAAAUAAAGCGGGGACGUUCACCUAUCCAUCCACUAUCGCCAAGAAUGGGCCGUGUGAGAAGAAAGGAGGGGCCGCCGAGCAGAAUCGCGGCGUUCAGAGCCUCUGGUGAAAUCCAAGAUGGCGCCCGCUCUCCGCACUACGUGACAUCUGAGGUACUGCAUGAAGAGGAGAUCCCUCCAGCGCGGCACAUAAGCGCAGGAGGAAAGAGCCCAGGGCACAUAGCUGCCUCUCCCUCUCCAGCAUAUCCCUCCCCCUCUAAAAGGCAGCAAGAUUUAACCAUUAAUAAAUAUCUGAUGCAAGAAGCUGCAGCCUCCUGUAAUGAGGGAAGCUUGCUCCAAGAAAGAGAAAUUCCUGCUAAUCACUCUCCCCCAUCUCCUAUUGUUAGUGGCCAAUCUGCACCAGUUACUGAAGCCACUCUGAGGUCCCUGUUAUAUGACCUGAGACAUUCUAUACAAAAAGAUAUAUCCUCUGUGUUCUCUGCUCUACAAAAAGAUAUCACUCAAAUUGGGGAGAGAACGUCUCAUAUUGAGGACAAAAUGAAAGAGCUCACUAACUCCCACAACCAGUUAGUGGACGCUCAUAAUGAUGCCGAGGACGAAAUAUCGGCCUUAAAACUUAAACUAGCAGAUCUGGAGGACCGCUCCAGGCGCAAUAACCUAAGAUUUAGAGGAAUUACGGAAACCAUUGAAACGUACGCUAUUAAGGACUGCCUCACAGAUUAUUUUGCCGCACUGGUCCCAAAGGCAAAACAAAUGGACCUAUUAAUUGAUAGAGCGCACAGAAUUCCUAAACCCAAUAGCGCUCCCAGUGCCGCCCCCCAGGGAUGUUAUUGCCAGGCUGCACUUUUACCACUUUAAAGAAUUACUCCUCGAGGCAACAAAUUCUGCACAAGAUAUACCCGAAAGAUUUUAUUUUCCGACCUCUCUGCAGCUACACUGAACAGACGCAGAGAAUUUUCUGCUUCCACAAAAAUCCUGAGGGAUCACAACAUCCCUUAUAAAUGGGGUUACCUGGUGAAACUCCUGAUCUUCAAAAAUGGAAUAACCCAUGCAAUCUCUUCUCCAAGUGACACCAUGAAGCUGCUCCAGAAAUGGUCCCUGGCUACCGUGGAUGAAGACAGCACCUCACCCUUGAAGAAAAGACCUCCUACCCUGGCUAGAGAGUGGACCUGAAGCCAUAUCGGAUGAAAAAGGAAACUAUUCUCUUCCUUACAAGACAUAUCCUUUACGUUACAGAAGGGUCACUAGACUGAACUAUUUGUCUACA